UCAGAGGAGGAGCAACAUACAGUUACUUUCUCCUUGUCUCCAGUUUGUCCAGAGGUGACAGUAACAUGGAGCAUAUGAAGAGUGCUCAUUCACGUCAUUGCAUACAUGUAAGGUGAGAUUCUACAGCAAACUUUGAAGCCCGAAUGAUCUGUGACCACAUCCGAGAGCGGAGACAAUGGAGACUGUGAAUACCAGCAGCGGAGGAGACGCCGGCCUCUCCUCUGCCAAACCUUACACCACCGUAGAGAUUGUACUCAUCAUUCUGGUGGCAGGAUCCCUCAGUCUGAUCACCGUCAUUGGAAAUAUCCUGGUCAUGCUCUCUAUAAAGGUAAACAGGAACCUGCAGACCGUCAACAACUACUUCCUGUUCAGUCUGGCCUGUGCGGACCUCAUUAUUGGCGUCGGCUCAAUGAACCUGUACACUGUCUAUAUCGUGAUUGGCUACUGGCCCUUGGGAGCGGUUGUCUGUGACCUCUGGCUGGCGGUGGACUACGUGGUCAGCAACGCCUCAGUCAUGAACCUCCUGAUCAUCAGCUUCGAUCGUUACUUCUGCGUCACCAAACCUCUAAGCUACCCCGCGCGCCGUAGCACUAAGAUGGCCGGUCUGAUGAUCGCCGCCGCCUGGGUGCUGUCCUUUAUCCUGUGGGCCCCGGCUAUUUUGUUCUGGCAGUUCAUUGUAGGUGUUAGAACCGUGCCGCCAGACGAAUGCUACAUCCAGUUCUUCUCCAACCCGGCGGUUACGUUUGGCACGGCCAUCGCGGCCUUCUACCUACCUGUGGCCAUCAUGAUCUAUCUCUACUGGCGCAUCUCCAGGGCCAGCCGUAGCCGCAUGCAGAGGGACAGCAGGAAGACAUCCGGAACUAGUAUUGUUGAAGCUCACUCCCACAGUCAGGAGUAUGUGGGCGAGAACCAGAUCCAGAACAACUGCAUUCAGAAGAUUAGAGAGCAACUCAGAGAAGCUGUGCCAAGAAAGGAGAAGGAAGAACUGCAGCAACAGAACGGAAGUUCUCCUUGCAAGGAAGACAAACCCGAGCAGGUGGAACCGGAGGCGGAGAGCGUCCAACCCUCCACAUCUACGGAGAACGAGGUCCCCGUUUCGGUGCUGAAGGGACUGAACGCCAUAAAACGAAUGAACCAAGCAGAUCCAGCUUCCAGGACGACAUCUUUGACUGACUGUCAAGCCACAAGGACAUUGCUUAAGGUGACAAAACAGAGCGCGGUGGCCAAGUGGCGCAAGAAAAGCACAUCCUUGCGUGAAAAGAAGGUGACGAGGACCAUCAUGGCCAUCCUGGUGGCCUUUGUGGUGACGUGGACGCCGUACAACGUGAUGGUGCUGAUAAACACCUUCUGCUCCGUCUGCAUCCCAAACGCCCUGUGGACCAUCGGCUACUGGCUGUGCUACAUCAACAGCACCAUCAACCCAGCCUGCUAUGCCCUCUGCAACACCACCUUCAAAAACACCUUCAAGCACCUGCUGCUGUGUCAGUACAAGAACAUACGAACAGUCCGGUGAGGCUGCUAUUGAUGCAGACUCCGUACACCAAACGUACACUAAAUGCCAAAAUGCGUGCAUGUCUUUUGCAGUAGUACCUUGACUUACGAGUGCCCCAACGUUUUUGUUUUCUAAUUUAAUCUGGUUUAGGCCAAUAAAUCCGCAAUGUCUUUAGGUAUACCACAGGGCUCUUUACCAGGGCCUCCUAUCAUUGUAUGGAAAUGUGCAAUGUAAAUACAAGAAUUGCUAUUCAAGUCUAACUAUAAUGAGCAAUUAUCUAGAUUAAGUACAAGUACAGCAGUAUCUUGAUUUACAAGUGUCAUGAGUUUUUCUCUUGGUUAUUUUUUUUGUGUUUGUUUAGUGAAACAAAAUUAGAGGUUGAAGUUGUUGCUUAAAUGAAGUAAAAAUAAAAGCAGCAAAUAAAGUAUUAUAAUGUGGGAAAGGAGAGCCGCGAUCAGCGAGACACGUUCAGCUGUUGAAUGGGACAAACCGUUAAUUACAAAAAUGCAAAACAAUUAAUGGCAUUUAAUUUAAUUUCAUUUUAAUGGG